AUGUCUGUUGCCAGCAAACGUCGUUUUAUCACCAACAAGGUGGAAUCUGAAAUGUACAUUCCUAAUGACGGGGAUAUAAUUGCACAGGUUACUCAAUCAAGAGGAAAUAAUUUACAUGAGAUUAUUGAUGAAACUGGUGACACGUAUGUGGUGUCAAUGCCUUCAAAAUUUCGUAAAGCCGUCUGGAUUCGCCGUGGUCAAUUUGUUGUUAUCCGGCCAAUUGAUGAAGGAGACAAAGUAAAAGGUGAAAUCGAGCACGUCCUAGAUGAGGAAAAUGUGCUAUAUAUUCGAGAAUUGCAAAAAUGGCCAUCACGAUUUGAGAGUGAAGCUGAAAAAAUGACAAGAGAGGCUAAAAGAGGGACUAAAAGUGAUCAAAUGAUUGAUGAUGAUAUGCUUCCGCCAAGCGACAGUGAAGAAGACGAAGAAGAGAGUGAAGACUCGGAUGAGAGUGACGUUGACGAGGAGGAGGAAGAAGAAGAAGAAUUCGAUACGUACAACCCAAAUCGAAUGCAGGCACCCGCCAAAUAA